GGCCGCAUCGUCCUCCAGCUCACGGACGACGCCACGCCGAAGACCGUCGCGAAUUUCCUCGCGUACGUCGACUCGGGCUUCUACAACUCGACGAUUUUUCACCGCGUCAUCUCCAAGUUCAUGAUCCAGGGGGGUGCGGUCACCACCAAGUUCGUCGAGAAAUCCACGCGCGCGGCGAUCGUCGACGAGGCGGCCGCCGGCCUGCAAAACCUCGCGGGCACCGUCGCGAUGGCGCGCUACUCCGCCGCGGACUCGGCCACCGACAGCUUCUACAUCAACGUCGUCGACAACACGUAUCUGGACUACAGCUCGACCUCCGACGGCUACUGCGCCUUCGGCGCCGUCGUCGCGGGCUUCGACGUCGCGGAGGACAUCUCCAAGACGCCGACGCACACGUACGACGGCUGGUCCGACGUCCCCGUCGACGAGGUCGUCGUG